AUGAAACUUAUCACUGUGAAUAAGCAGAACUUUGUCGCACAGAUUGGUGGAAAGUGUAGUGAUACUACAGAGCCUCUUACCAAAGAACAUUUGAAACAACAGUAUCCAACAUUAUUUGAUGGAAUUGGAAAACUUGAAGGAGAGUUACACCUCAGGAUUGACACUACUGUGCAGCCAACAAAGAUAAGUACCAGGAAAGUGCCACUAUCGCUCAAGUCGGAUCUAAAGAAAGAACUUGAUCGGCUACAGAAUCUAGGAGUUAUCUCUCCAGUAACGACUCCAACUGACUGGAUAUCAUCCAUGGUUGUAGCGAGGAAGUCAAAUGGGGCAAUUAGACUUUGUAUUGAUCCGAAACCCCUAAAUGUAGCACUUCAGAGGAAUCAUUACCCCACUCCAACAAUAGAAGACAUCCUACCAGAUUUGACAAAUGCCAGGAUCUUCUCAGUAGUGGACGCGGAGGACGGAUUUUGGCAUGUCCUGCUCGACAAAACCAGUAGUUUCCUAACAACAUUUGGAACACCCUGGGGACGUUACCGUUGGUUGAGGAUGCCUUUUGGCAUAGCACCAACACCUGAAGAAUUUCAGAGGAUUUCAAACCAAAGCAAUUCACGAUGA